AGGCCCAUAAUUUGUCAAAAAGAAAAAAAGUUAAGCCCAUAUAUACCAAACAAUGACCCUAACCCAUUAAAUUACUCCUACUUGUUCACCAAAUUCAUGCGCCGCUUUUCUGCUUCUUUCUCAUCCCAUCAACAACAACCAUGCUCCAUCUUCUCCAUGCUUCAUUUUCUCUUAUUUUCAAAAUUCAUUCUUUCACCUUCAAGUUUCUACUUUUUCUUCUUAUAUGCGCGAUUACGAACUCCAUCUUCUCUCAAAAUUCAUUCUUCCAUCUUCAAGUUUCUAUGUUUUGCUUCUUCUGUGUGAUACUGCGAUUACGAUCUCCAUCUUUUCUUAUUUUCAAAAUUCAUUCUUCCAUCUUCAAGUUUCUAUUUUUUGCUUCUUAUUUGCGAUACUGUGAUUGAUCUGCGUUAUGCUUCUUCUUUUUUUUUUUAAUUAUUAAUAAUAACAAAAUGAGGUCGUGUAAUUAAACCGGCGGUUCGUGAAAACCUCCGGUUUUUCCCGGUUCACGCCGGUCCAAUAACUUGUCCGAUCCAAUGUAUGAACCAGACCGGACAUCGUCCGAUUCCCGGUUCAACCGGUUCGAUCGGCCAGUCCGGUUCGGUUUUUAAAACACUGGGUGUAAAGAGCUGAUAAGUCGAGAACCUUCCAGAACUUGUUUCAAAAAAUAUCUUAUGCCACGUAAGACUAACAAAUGACAGAAGUUUCUGACAAUCUUCAAAAAUUACAACACCAACCGAAUUUCUCUCAAACCCGUCUCUAGAACCUUCUUACUCCACCACCCCCUUAAAUUAAACUGCUUCCAAUCUCCCCUAAUCCCCCAAACAAACCAUAACUACCUACUCUACUUACCACUUCCCAAAAUCGAUUAUCACAAACACGCUUCUUUAGAAACCAUAAUCCAAACCAUUUUACUACUCAAUGAACGGAAUUCAAGUAAAAGAGGAAGAAAUUCUAGCUUAUGCAAGUGUUGGUUCAACAUCAUGUUCACCUUCUUCAUCUUCAGGUUCAAACCUUACACCAAAACCAAUGGAAGGGUUACAUGAAAUUGGUCCACCUCCAUUUCUUACCAAAACUUUUGAUGUUGUUGAAGAUCCAUCUACUGAUUCAAUUGUUUCAUGGAGUGGUGCUCGUAAUAGUUUCGUUGUUUGGGAUCUUCACAAAUUCUCCACCACCAUUUUGCCUCGUUACUUCAAACACAGUAAUUUCUCUAGCUUCGUUCGUCAACUUAAUACUUAUGGUUUUAGAAAAGUUGAUCCGGAUCGAUGGGAAUUUGCGAACGAAGGUUUUUUAGCUGGACAGAGGAACUUGUUGAAAACAAUCAAGAGAAGAAGAAAUGUUACACAGUCACAGGUUAUGCAACAAGAAACUGGUGGUGGUGCUUGUAUUGAAUUAGGAGAGUAUGGUCUUGAAGGUGAGAUUGAGAGGUUAAGAAGGGACAGGGCUGUUUUAAUGGCUGAAAUUGUGAAGUUGAGACAGCUGCAGCAUAAUUCAAGGGAUCAGUUAUCUGCUAUGGAAGCUAGGCUGUUGAUUACUGAGAAGAAACAUCAACAGAUGAUGACAUUCCUUGCAAAAGCACUCAGUAAUCAAUCUUUCAUACAACAAUUGGCAAACAACAGAGAGUUGAAAGGCGUUGAAAUGAAGCGAAAACGGAGACUCACUGCUAGUUCAAGUUUGGAGAAUUUGCAAAAUGAUUCUGCUACCAUGAUGACAGUGCCAAUUGAAUCUGUGAUUGAUUAUUCUAGUCAAGAACAACAAGAGGGGUUGACUACUAUUGAGUCUGAGAUGGAGACAUUGUUAAAUGCUUAUGAUAACGAAUCAAGCAGUGAAAUCAAAGAUUACAGUACAUUGACUUCUGUUCCAAGUGCUAAAGUUGAGAGUAAUUUGGGUGAUACUGUGUGGGAGGAUUUACUGAACCAAGAAUUGGUUGGUGGGAAUCCAGAGGAUGAAGUUGUGAUUGGUGAUCUUUCUCGAAUUGAUGUGCCGGUUGAGGAUUUGGUAGAAAAGAAUGAUGAUUGGACUUUGGAUUUGCAGAACCUUGUUGAUCAAAUGGGUUUUGAACCUUAGUCAAAGUGGUUGUACAAUUUUUUCAUCAUGUUUUAGUUUGUCACUUCAACUUUCAACUUGCUGCAGGGAAGAUUUGUAGUUGCAGAAGAGGCCAAAAGAUGUGUAUCCUUUAUUGAACAGCAAUAUAAGUUGUGUGAAAUGUUUGAAUAAUUGCUUAUUCUAAAUUAAGUUGCAGCUAUGUUUCAUUAUGUCCUUGUGUUUGUAACUACAUUGUACAUUUUGCAGGCGUUUCUGAAUAGCAAAGCAAAUGGUCGAGAUGAUGGAAUUGGGAAAGUAGUAGCCUGGUAUGAAGCACGGACACAGACACGGACAUUGACACAUCGACCCUAUAAUAAUCUGAGACAAUGACACAAUUUAAUGUGAUUAUAAGUGUCGGUGUCGUUCUGGUAUCUGACACCGACGCGUGUUCGACAUCGGGACACGCCUAAUUCGAGGAGUUUCCGUGCUUCAGAGGUUGCCUGCAAAUUUACUGCCUGCAAAUUUACUGGAUUGUCAAAUUUUCAGUGUUACUGGAGGGUGUAUAACAUUUUGAUUCUUCCUACCAAGAAUUGAAAUUGAAACAUCGAUUCUUGUGCUGGUGGCUGGUUUUUUUUUCACAACACAUCAUUCGUAUUACAUUGUUCACUUGCCAUCUUGCACAAGUAAUGUAGGUUGUGGUGUUCUAGUUCUAGAAAUCUAGUACUAAUUUGUGUUUUGAUCUGCCAAUAAUGCUAAUAAUGUAAUAAACUUACUUGGGAUUUAUAUUUAAGAAAGAAAAUUCACCAGA